AUGAAGAAGUUUUUUGGUACAUUCUUCAUCAAAUCGACCAUGGAAUCACGGAAACAUAAUGCGAUUGGAAACACUGGUGUGAAGAAUCCAACUCAGAGACUAGGUCGAAUUGCUUCCAUAACGGAAUGGUAUAGAAAGUCAAAGGAAGAAAGGGCUAAGUUUGCUCAUGACAAGAGUUUUGAACCUCUUGAGCCUCAAGACCCGUUGGGGCAGGCGUACAACAGAAUCCUCACUACUGCAACCCAAGCACUCUUUAAGAGGAUUGAGUUUCACUCUCGCAACAAUCCCAAGUUCGUCAAAGCUUGUAACAAAGUCGCUAGUUUCUCGCACAAGACAAAUUCAAAGACGGUUCUAUUUCUCAUCGGGAAGCCUUCCUCCUUCAGUAGUCGGGAAUCUAUGCUCUACCGCGGUUUCUCAUACCCGCCGGAAUUGUUAUCGGAGUACAAUAAGAGCAUCAUGUCAGAGAAGGCAAAGAACGAGCUAAAGAAUCUUCCUCUUUCGCUGCUCAAGACUGCUCAAGGGCAUCCCAUGCUUGUAGAGCUCAAGAAUGGGGAGACGUAUAACGGGCACUUGGUGAAUUGUGAUACAUGGAUGAACAUUCAUCUUCGUGAAGUCAUCUGUACAUCAAAGGAUGGAGAUAGGUUUUGGCGAAUGCCGGAAUGUUAUAUCCGUGGCAACACAAUCAAGUACCUCCGAGUUCCUGAUGAGGUGAUUGAUAAAGUACAGGAGGAAAAGACACGCACAGAUAGAAAACCACCAGGGGUUGGACGAGGAAGAGGGCGAGAAGGUCCAAAGGGCAUGGGACGUGGUAUGGACGAUGGAGCUGCCAGAGGCAGAGGCCGAGGUGGUUCAAUUGGAAAGAUGGGUGGCAACAAAGUGGGAGGUCGAGGCCGUGGUUGA